AUGGUUCACUUGCCAGAAGAGGCAUUGCUCGCUGGUCCUGUCAACUAUCAUUGGAUGUAUCCAAUAGAAAGGGCGAAGCCCGAAGGAUCAAUUAUAGAGGCUUGGGUUCAAUAUGAGUCGCUUACUUUCUGUGGAAUGUAUUUAAAAGAUGUGGACACGCCAUUCAAUCAUCCUCAGCGCAAUAAGGACGGAGGUUUGAGAAAUGAGAAACUUUCUGUUUUUGCCCAAAGCGUACGACCCUUUGGAGAUCCGGUACGCGGAGAGUCGUUUUCCAAAAAUGACAUGGAGAUAGCACAUUGGUUUGUACUUAACAAUUGUGAUGAGAUAAUGGCAUACUUAGAUGAGCAUGAAGAGAUGAUGAAGCGAGAACAUCCAUCACAUUUGUAUGCCAAGAAACACCGUGAUUUGUUUCCACAAUGGUUUUUGGAAUAUGUGAAUAAGUUGAAAUCAUCGAAUUCACCCUCUUACAUUUUAGAGUUAUAUAACUUGGCGUUCGGCCCGAUUCGCACUGAAUUAUUCUCAGGUUGCCAUGUUAACGGCAUCAAGUUUUUGGGGACUGCACGAGAUGACAAGUUGUGUAUGCAAAACAGCGGUGUCCAUGUCCCAGGUGGUGGCGAAAGUACGGACAUUGAUUUCUAUGGCAAACUCACAACUUUCGUGCAAUUGCUUUACAAAGACCGAUACCAAGUGAUCAUGUUUAAGUGUCGAUGGUUUGAUACAAACCCAAAUAGGCAGGGAAGUGUUAAAAUAGACCAUGGCUUACUAUCAGUGAACAUUAACAGAACUUGGUAUGAUGACGACCCUUACAUUUUGGCAAACAUGGCAAGACAGAUUAUGGAUCAGAGGAAUGUGUAUGCUAUACCAGAACUAGACCCAAUUGACAACGACGUCGACAACGUCACUGACCAACAGUUGGAAUCUUCCAUAGAAACUGAUGCAGAAACACUUCGAGAUACAAAUGUUAUACAAGAACCGUUUCAGCUUCAAGGAGUGUCUUCAAUCGAAAUACCGUGGGCCCGAACAACGAAAGUGAUGAGGAGGAGGAUUGGGAGACCGAAAGUGAUGAUAGGGUGGAUAGCGAAAGUUAUUAUAGUUCAGACGAUGAAUAAUGCAAUUCAUUAG